ACUUCGAAAAGUACUUCACAUCAUCAGAUCCUUCUUUCCUUUCAUUAGAAAACCUUCUUAAGGACAAGACCGAAAGUUUGCCAUUAUUUGAAUCCAAUUCUGAAAAUGGAUUAAAUCCAACUAUUCCGAUCCCUUAUUCCGGCAGAUCAAUCGUCAGUCAAAAUGUUCCGGCCAACGGGCAGAACUUUCUUCCGACUUCUGGGUUUAUAAAUAUGCCUUCCGGUGGCCAUGGUACCAUCAGCUCAAUGUCGGACUCAACUCCACCAGUUGUUAGCCAAUUUAGUCCACAACUCAUAGAGAACACUCUCCCUUAUAGGAUUAUCAAUUCAAUGCCAAACUUCGAGCCACCACAAGCUCUCAGCCUAAAUCUUUCAUCAAAUAGUGUAAACAGUCUCUUGGACAGUUUUAAGUCUUCGAAUCAGAAGGAAAGAAUCAAUAGAAUGCCUUCUUCUAUACGAUUGAUAGGCGUGGCAAUGGCAUUGCCUUGA